UCGGGCCAGCCCGAUCGGCAGGAGUCCGCAGGCCAACGGCGGUCACUGCCAUUUAGUCAGCUCAUGGUAGUUACUCGCUCGUCUGAGCUGUCGCGGUGAGUUUAGUCCUAUCUGUUAUUCCUACAAUUUACAAUACAAAGACUUCGCAUCCACCGCCUCCAACUGUUGUUCUUGGCCAGUACUUUUCGUCACCGUCGGCGCAGUAGUUUGGCCUUGAUCCUCGUGCUGUUUGUGUCCUCCCGCCCGCAUCUCCGCCACCGCUCCAACCCAGCGCGAAGACAAGAGACCAAGGUCUCCUCCAUCUCACGCCCCCAACUCCUCUCUCGAUCCCACAAUCAGCAUAAAUCACUUUCGCCGCGAUGGGAGGCUCACUAUCACGUCUUUGGUCCUUUGUCUGGGCAAAGAAAGAAAUUCGCAUCCUUAUCCUUGGACUUGACAAUGCUGGAAAGACAACCCUUCUCUACCGACUGAAGAUUGGCGAAGUGGUCACAACGAUACCCACAAUCGGCUUCAACGUUGAGUCGGUGACGUACGGGAACUUAAACUUCAAUGUCUGGGAUCUUGGAGGCCAAACAUCAAUCCGUCCAUACUGGCGAUGCUACUACGCCAAUACCGCAGCUGUCAUAUUCGUCAUCGACUCCACAGAUAUUGAACGACUCGGUACGGCUGCGGAUGAGCUUGCGGCAAUGCUAAAUGAGGAGGAACUCCGUGAUGCGGCCUUGUUGGUGUUUGCCAACAAGCAGGACCAGCCGGGUGCCAAGGGCGCCGGUGAGAUCUCGGAGGCUUUAAAGUUGGGCGAACUGCGGGACAGAAACUGGAGCAUUGUCGCAUGCUCUGCCAUUGAUGGUAAAGGCUUGAAUGAAGGGAUGGAUUGGCUGGUUCAAACUCUCCAGUCGGAGAACGCCUGAGAGUGACGUUGUGAUACCAGUUAUGCCAUAGAUUUGCUUUUGAUACACCCUCAAACCCGGGUGGCAUAAAUACCACAGAUAUAUGUGGAUGUGCCGGCUUUGUUUAGGAGCUUCUCUUGUCGCCCGUCUGCCUUUUUCCAUUUUGUUUCCGUUCGAGGCAGGGCUGCCCUUCAUACACUAUACCUUUUUGACCUCAGAUCUGUUAUACGUUGCAUAAUACUCUAAUUCAUUCAAUGAUGAGGAUUGGCCGGC